AACCCGGUUUGGCCCCAAACCAGUUAUUUUUUUACUGGGCCGCCAAGCCCAAUUCGUUUUUUUCCACACCUCUAUCUCAUGAUGGCCCAUUGAUUCCAAAAUCCAAGAACCAAGACUCUGCAACUCAUCUCCUCCGUCGUCUCCGCCACUGCAACAAUCACCGUGAGGUCAUCGGAGAUGUCUGAUUCACCGCUAUUUUGAUAAAAUGAUGAGGAGAAAGUGCAGGAUUUGGUGGCCACGUCAUCUAUCCCCCGCAACACAACCUCACUCUUCCACCUUUUUGUUCGGUUGGUUCGUUUCGUCAUCAUCUUCUUCUUCAUCUGCUUCUGUUCCUAUCGAAAUUGUUGUUGCUUUUGCAAUCGAUGAAGCUGUAUUCUCUUCAAUUGGAUCGGAUCUUGAGGGGAUACUUUACAAGAUAAAUAAAAGAAUGCCAACAUCUUUACAAAACAGAUGUGAGCUCUCUAUGUUAGGUUAUUGCUCAGCAGAUUCUUCUAGCAACGGCGAGUUGCAUACACACAGGGAAUCAGCAGAAGAAUCUAGCCAAUUCAGUGGCCCGCUUCAUAAUUCAGGCCCACACAAUGAACAAAAUACGUCAAAUGAUAGAAGUGGACACUGGGUUUGUGGAUGCCAUAAAGUUGAUGGAUUCCUAGAACAAUAUAAAACUUGUACACAAAGCAACCCGGGCCAUCUUGUAUACGGUUCUUAUAUCUACGCCAGUCGAAAUUUGGGAUGGAUUCCUAAAUUACAUCACAUACAUUGGGAUAUGCAAGUUGCUUACAAUCUUGAUCUCCACAUAGUAAUCUAUGGAACUCCUAGAUAUGGUGGUCAUCAUUUCUAUUUAGAUUCCCGACGCUCGUCCGAGAAUGCUAAAACUGGUUCAAGAAAACCUAAAUGGGUGGAAGAUCUCAGCCAAAAGAAAUCCGUUAUUGAUUUGGAUGCCGUCAUUCUUGCCACCAAUUGUGCUGCGGCUGCCACCUCAUUCUUUGAAGAACAAGUGUCACCUAAAAGACGCGCCUUAUGGCUUCAUUGUGUGUACAUGUGUAUCUCUGUAAUAUGGAAACUUUUUGCCGUGUGUGUUGCUACACUUUCAACAUCCGUAUACGUAUUUCUCCAGCUACUGCAUUUUCUAUUAAGCUAUGUAUCAGAUUCUUGUGUAUAUGCCACAAUCGAAAAUCUAUUCAUUCACACAUGGAAGAACAUUCGUGUUCGAUGUUGUCAAAUUUUGUACUGGCCGAUCUUCCUUCACAACACUGAUUCCAGGUCGGAAUCAUGUGUGGAGUAUGCAGAAAAAGCUUCACUACGCAAACAUUCCAUGUGGUUAAGUGUAGUUAUCGACAUGCUGUUUGGGAACCUAUUUGGUUUUGCAUUGCUGACUCAUGCAGAUUCCGUUUGUUCGUCAAUUUUGACCGUCACUAGUGACGUUACAAACAACUGGUGGCUAAUAAGUUGUGCACGAUUAAUGGGAAACCCUGCUGGUUUUAAGUUAAACACCGAGCUUGCAGGAGUUCUCGGAACGUUUUCUCUUAAUACGAUUCAAAUUUGGUCUACUUUAUGGGGCUCCAUGCGUUUUAUUUUUAUAUUUAUCGUUAAAGGUUUGGCUGUAUCUGGAGUUCUUUUCGGGUUCACUACCCCUGCUUCGUUGACCGUUGACUUGAUUACUGUUUCAACGACACACGUGUCAACUCUGCAUUGGUUAAUUUCCAUUCUUUAUUCAAGACAGAUACAAGCAACGACAGCAUUGUGGCGUCUUUUUAGGGGUCAAAAAUGGAACCCUCUUCGUGAGAGAUUAGAUAGCUAUGAUUACACAGUGGAACAACAUAUUGUCGGAUCGCUGUUGUUUACGCCACUUUUGCUUCUGCUACCAACUACUUCAGCUUUUUAUAUGUCUUUCACCAUUAUAAAUAUGACCAUUGGAUCUAUAUGCACGCUUAUCGAGGUUGCGAUUUCGGUAAUCCAUGCUACACCCUACACGAAAAUUUUGCUUUGGUUGUUGAGACCGAGCAGAUUUCCUUGCGGGAUUUGGUUCGAGAUAUUUCCUGUCGAGAAUCAUGAAAUGGAGAUUGUACAAGAAGGAAUUGGUUCAAGGGCUAGUGGAUCAGAUAUUCUCGUCUCAUGCCUACAUAGUUAUAUGUAUAAUAUCGGCGAAUUGGUGGGACCCGACUUUAGAUACCUACAUUCUGCUGUUCCAAGAUCAUCAAUUAGCUCAUUAGUUUAUAGAGUUUUCAGUGGAAGAAGUUUGCCUUCGCCACUAUACAACCUUCCAUAUGUUCCGGGCGCCGGUCUCCCUCCAAGCAUGCCAUGGAUGUCUAUCCCAUUCAAUGAAUAUUGGAUCCUUUGUCAUGAUGCUGUUUUCGCAUGUAACCCGCUUCACACACACUAAAUGUUGAUAAAGGAAUUUUGUUCGUUUGGUUACCGAUUCGAUUUGUAUAUUCUUAGGAUGUUUGCUAACCAUUGAGGAUUAGAAUUAAACAUCCCUCACUGUUCAGGUUUAUAUGGGUAAUAUACUAAUAUGGUUCAUUCGUGUUGUUCUUA